AUGUUCUUUGCUAGGUUUGAGGGAUUGAAACACAUAUCAGAGUCAGUGUUUGUGAGAAUGUGUGAGAAAGUAGGGACCUCACAACUGGUAGCCCUCAGGAGGGAAACAUGGGGCAUCAAGGAGAUGGUGGACAGACGAGUGAUACCUAAUGAUGGGGUCAUUGGGAUGUUGAGUGGAAGUAUGAGGGAAGGAUUCAGACUGGAGGGAUCAGAUGUGGACUCUAUGUUUUGGCUAAACAACCACCGAGUGAUCAUGGACAUGUCUCAGUCUAAGUAUUACAACACAGCCAAUACAACACUGAUUCUCUCUGACAGUUCUGAAAGUCCACCAGGAUUCACUCUACUUCAGUUACUGACAACAACGACAUCCGAAGAAGUCCAAACAGCAUGUGUCAGAAUGAAUGACAGAGUAUAUAUAUUUUGUUCUAUAUGGCGACAGAUUACUUGUUCAUUGAUUCCUAAUUCAACUGAACAUGGACCCUGUGGUAGUGGUAAAAUAGGACGGAUAACAGAAUAUGACCAUGCCUUCUGUUUUGUUUGUGACUUUUGGCCUCCAUCUGCCUCCUCAUGGAUAGAGAGAUGUCACUCGUGGCCUGACCCUGAAGUUGUUAAGGACAUUGUCAAAAAUGGAUGCCACUUUGUAGCAAUAGGACACCCAUUAGGACCCCAUGAAAAUGAGGAAUGGAGAUUUUCCUUUUCACGAGCAGAGUAUAAAUGUGUGUCAGCAAUGAACCAUUGUCAGUUUUUGACUUACGGAUUGUUAAAACUUUUUCUAAAGGAAGUUAUAAAUCAACAAUCAGAGGAAACCAAUAAACUGUUGUGUUCCUAUCACAUGAAGACAACCAUUUUCUGGGCUAUUCAACAAAACACUCUACCUCACUGGUGUCCACAAAAUCUCCUAGCCGGUUUCUGGGUCUGCUUUAAACUCCUCCUUAAAUGGGUGUAUGAGGGGGUUUGUCCAAACUUUUUUAUUCCACAAAACAACCUGUUUCUGACAAAGGUCUAUAGCUCAGCACAAAACAGAUUGUUCCUACAGUUACAUGAAUUGUACAAGAGAGGUCUGGCCUGUCUGUUACAGAGUUCCUCUAUCAGGUCCUACAUCAUUGAUGUCCUGUACAAUCCCAGAGCUUUUGUUUGUACAGAUGAGAGUCUCAUGUCUGAUGUUGACUUUGAUAUAAAACUUUUUUGGGAGAUAUAUGUUCCUGAUUAUAUGAGUAUAAAUCUUCGCAAUAAUGUAAAAUUGCUAUUUAUUAUAGAAAAGUUUGUAGAUUCAACCCAGUUGACACAGUGGCAACUUUUUAGAUUACAGACACGUACAGCAUUCAUCCUUCAGACCACAGCUUUCAUAUUACACAACAUGUUCACAAACAUGUUCACAAACACAGAAGUCAACAAACUGAUGUAUAUUGUAGACAAAAUGUCCCUCCACAUGCUGAAAUUAGCAGCUAAGUUUGGGUGCAUUUCUGACAUGUUAUUCAUUGCCAUUUAUUAUUAUAAGACACUCAGAUACAGGGAAGCUUUAUCUGUUAUAAAUAUGACAAAGGUCAAGUUAGCACAGCCAUAUCUGAUGUAUAAUAAACAUGUAGACAGAGAGAGGUAUACUGAGGCUGUAGGGGGACAGUCCUGGUCUACAAAGAUGAGACAGGCUGUAGCAUUUGAUAUCAUACUUGAGAAUGAAAUCUGUGAUAUCAGUGAACUAAUACCAGAAAAGUCUGCUCUACAGAACAUAGGGCAUAGAUUAUUUAUCCCAGUGUUUGUAAUGUUACACCUCCUAGAGUUCUUGUGUUACAGACACAUUGAUACAACACUAUCACAAGCAGUUCUAGAUGAGCUACAGGUCCUAGUCCACCAUGAUCAGGGACUUUAUAUAGAUGUUGAAUACAGAAAUAUCUCCUGGCAGACCCUGGGGAUUUGUCAAGAGAUCACAGGGAACCUCCAGGCUGCUCUACACUCAUAUCUACAGUCACUCACAUAG